AUGGCAGUAACAUCACAGCCUCUGCGAGGGAAAAGGGCAUGCAAGAAAAUAUUUUGGGCAGUGUUUCCACAUGUCUGCUUCAUUCUGUCUCUCAUGAUCUAUGCCUUUCUUGGGGCUCUCAUGUUUUCCCACAUUGAAGGUAACCGAAAGGUCAACUUAAGUGAAGAAUACAGGUAUUUCCUGCAGAAUCUGUGGAACAUCUCCAGAAAUUUAUCAGAUAACAUGACAGAAAAUGAGGAGAUAUUUAAGGAAGAAAUUCAUGUACUACUCCACACAGCGAAACGAGACUGGUUCGUCAAUCCAAAAGAUAUAUGGACUUUCUUCGGGUCUCUCUUUUUCUGCUGCACAGUAUUCACCACCGUGGGUUAUGGCAAUACCUAUCCUGUGACAAGGGCUGGAAAGUACCUCUGCAUGUUGUAUGCCUUAUUUGGCAUCCCUCUGAUGUUCUUGGUCCUGACAGAUAUGGGAGACAUCCUUGCGACUGUUUUGUCCAAGUCUUACAAUGAAUUCAGAAAGCUACAGUCAAAAAUUUUAUCCUCUAAAUUCUGUUCUGGAUCCACAUGUAUCAGAGGAGUUGGAUCUAAAGUGGAUGUGAAUGAACCCUUGAGUAUCGUGGAAAUGCUGAGAAACCAAUCAGCUGUCAAAAAGAAGCCAGCCCAAUAUCGCAACGCCCAAAUUUUCGAGAUGUUAAUUGCCAGAGAAAAUGAAUACAAAAAACUAUCAAGGAGUAAAAGCAUAGAGAGAUGGAGCUCAUGUCCUGAACUAGACAGGGGGAAAACAAUGACCAGAGUAAUCGAGAAUUUUGACAAAAUAGGAAAAGAGUUAGAAAAACUAGAUGUGCCCAUCGUGUUAAUGGUGCUGGUUAUCUUUGUGUAUAUCUCCUGCGCAGCUGCUAUUCUUCCAAACUGGGAAACCAGGUUGGAUUUUCAGGAAGCCUUUUAUUUCUGCUUUAUCACGCUGACAACAAUUGGAUUUGGAGAUACACAACUGGAACACCCGAAGUUUUUCCUGUUUUUUUCCCUCUAUAUUAUUAUUGGCAUGGAAAUCGUCUUCAUUGCUUUUAAGCUGGGCCAAGAUCGCUUAAUUUGCUUGUAUAAAAAGGUCAUUUCAUUUUGCGGGGAAAAAAAGGUGCCAUCAAAGAAGAUAUAUCCAAAGAAAGUGUAG